AUGUGGUAUCCUUGGUUCAAGCGGCGACAGACGCUGCACGAGCUGCUAGUAACGCUGUGGUGGCUCUACACGACCAACAAGCUAAUAGAUCUGGCAAAGUGGCAGGAUUUCAAUGUGAGUUUCAAGGCUUGGCUGUUCUACGGCAACAAGCACUUCGAGACGGAAAGCCCCUCCGUCUUCUUCGACAAGUUAGCAACAGGAAUGGGUUUGAGGUUUGGCGACAACUAUGCCAGCUGUUCAUGCCAGGACUCGAAGCCGUGCAAUUUCAAUUUAGCUGCCUUGAUGGGUGUUCCGAGUUUCACUACAAAAGACAGAACCUUGCUGGACCAGGUGUUGGGCCUAGAACGCAUGCGUGCAGAAUAUAUUCCAGAUGACAUCAUGCUUUCAGUGCUUGUGCGUGCGCUGCCAAAGGCAAUUCAACCGCAUGUGCAAUUGCAGCUGAAUGAGACGUCAACCUAUGACCAAGUGAGAGCAAUGCUGGUGAGCUAUGACGCGCUACAACUUCAUGGUCCCCAGGUAGUGGCGAUGCAGCUAUGCCUAGUGUUGCUCCACGAGCAGCCCAUACAAAUGGGUUUUAAUGGGACAACCUCCAAAAGCUUGAUGCGAGUGCUACUCACCAAUGCCUUGAGCAGCACGAUGGCUAUGGGAAUGCCUGCUGACCCUUUGACUUCUAGCUCUUCGAGCACUUCAGGGCCCUUUGGCAUGGUGAUGGCGUUCCUCCUGACCAUCAUUUGCUUGUUUGGUGGCUUUUUGGUGGUGACAGCUCAUUUUGGUGCUGCACUUCAAGGACGUCUUCAAACCUUGCGCAUGGAUGUUGCCCUGAGAAAAGUUCUCUCGAUGCUGAAGGCAUACCGAAGGGAGCAUGGCUUGGAUGAGAUAGCUGAAGAGGAAGUGCCAACGACAGAUGAAGUGGAUGAAUCAGAAGUUGAGGAUAGAAAUGAGACCUAUCAACAAAAGGUUGAAAGGUAUCAGAACUCUGGAAUGGAUGAAGUUUCAGAUGACGAGCUAUGGCGCAUGGUUCACCAUGGAGCUCUAGAUGAGGAAGACACUGCAGCCUUCAAUCGAAGAUAUACCGAUACGCACUUGGAGAACAUCAUGAGAGAGACCAAUAGGAUCCUGGCUGCCCGCAUGCAAAUGCUGAGAGCUGAAUAUGAAGCAGCAGCCGUGCGCAACGACCAGCUGUCCAUGGAUGCCAUUGAGAAUGAGAUGACAGAGUGCACUCAUUAUUCGAUUUAG